GGACGUUCGAUCAUUCAGCAGCACGCGAUCAUCAACAGGUGAGAACGUUGUGAUUGUAGACGAUAAGGCAACUCUUUUCUAUCUUUCAUCUUUCAUCUUGAUACUUGACACCUUGUCCUCAUUCACUAUCUUGAGCUUUCCAGAUCGACGUCUUGGACGAUAUCAGAGACACUUGAAGCUAUCGCUAUCGCCAUCGACAUCAACCCUGGUCAGCUGAUUACUGAACCAAAUAGCUUUCUCUUCUCUCCCCGCCUCCAACGCAAGAUCAUCGACAGGUGUUGAACAACAACACUUGGAUCUGAAUUGACGUCAAUAUCAUCUUUAAUCUACUGACUCUUAUCUCGGAGACCACAUUCCUCCACGAUUACCUCAAAAGCGCCAUCCAUCACAUCGAACUACACUGAACCCAUUCCCAUUGCGCUUCGCGUUUUCUGGUGGCACCAUUCAACGUGCGAGCCCAGACUCGCGGCAAAUCCUAACAUUUACAAAACGAGACACUCGAAACAAUGUCCAAACUUCGCCCCUUGAACACCUCAUCCACCUACAGUCUCGCACACACGGCGCAGUGUAAAUUACAUCUCUCUGCCAAGCGUGGGGAUCGCGACCUGCGAUUUGUGCUGGGACACGCUUUUACUCUCGACAAUCUCAUGCUCCGCAUAGUCGAGAUCGAGAACCGUUCCGCCAAAUCCAAUUUCAUCGAAGGCAAAGCCCCUAGUGAAGAUGGCAAUCCACACUACGACUGCACAGCACCGAAACCGGCGGCCCCAGAAACCAAGCCGACACCUGUAGAACCCGAACCCAACCCCAGUGGUCGGAGGAUCAGCUUCCACGACAACAACGCGCGGCCGUCUCAACUGACUUCCACAAGCGGCAGCAACUCGCCGACACGCCGACGCUCACCCCCACCGCCCGCAGCGCCGAGACACGAGUACAUUGAGAGCGAUGACUCGGACGACACUUCAUCUGACGAUUACGAUGAACCAAAUUCAUACAUCCCAGCCAUCGCCGCUAAUUCUUCGACGACAGCAGCAUCACACGGAAGAUCCAAGCAUCUCUUGCACGACGCCUAUUCGGACGACGAAGACGCGGCGCUCGAACUGGCCGACGAUGAACUCGACCAAGACCCAGACCUUGAUCAAGAUUCAGGAUUGUCACUUCAACGCUUCGCGUCGGCCUCGGCCCAACCUCCACGCAUGAUCCGGUCCAACUCUGAAGGGUCAUCGUCUUCAGAAGACGAAGACGAACCUGUCUCGCCGCCACAACUGCCCGUGGACGUCGAUGUGAGAGAAUUGAUUGGCGGCGAAAAGGACGAGGAGCUAGCUGGUCUGUAUGAUAGCGUCAGGAACUGUGUCUGUCAUGGCAAGCACAACGACGCAGAGAUCGCUGGCCAGACCACUGGGUUCUGGGACAUCCCUGAGGAUAAGUCGGGCGGCAAGAGGUUGGCAGUGGUGGCUAUCGCAGCAGCAGGUUGAUUUACGAUUGGAAACGAGAGCGAAAGGGUCAAUGAAAGGCAGGAGUGGUGAUGAAUAUGAACUUUUCAGGCCGUGACUUGCGGAAAGCUGCGUUGCUUGAUCUCACCCAAAUUGGUCCGUCCGAGAUUGGCUCGGCGCGUGUAACAGCGACUGGAAACUCGAUGGUUCGGAUGGUAUGUAGCCUUGAUUGUUGAAUUCACUUGAACAAGCAAAUAUGACCCAUGAUUCCAGACGGCAAUGUUGUAAGUUAGAUCGCAAAAAGACAGGUGGAAAUGUGGAGAUAAAGUCACAUCAAUCAGUCUCGAGGUGGCGCGGCGAAUCGCACCAAACCCUCAGUCUCACUUUUUAUUCUUUCUCCUUCUGGUGCUUUGAGCUGGAGAUUUGCUCAACUGAGUGGGAGUAAAGAGCGGUUCAGUCGUGUUGAUAUCAUUGUUAUCGCUGACAUCUUGGAUUCGAACCGUCUUUUUGGCCUUUGACUUUGGCUUCUUGGCAGAGGAAGAGAAUCCCACACCAGACAAGAAACAGAUUCUAGUCAAGGCACCAACAUAGACAAAAAGGAAAUUCCCAUAGUCAAUUCCAUUCCAA